AUGCCGACACUACCUACGACGCCGAAACCCGCAGACGCCGCCGAUUCCUCCUGGCUGCUCGACGAGAACCUCUCGCCCGCACUCGGUCAGAGCUCCAUGCGCGAUCUCAACAUCUCCGACUCGCCUCUCCACGGUCCGCAUCGAUCCACCGCAGCCGGCGGCGUCAAGAAACCCAUCAAGGCGCGUCCAUCCUGGGGAUCAGCUGCUGUGCUCGACGCAAACAGUUCCGUCAAAAACAUGUCCAAGAUGCGCCUGCUCGCAGGGCUCGAUGUCAACGACGAGAACAAGCCUCCCGUCUCCAAGAGAGGUCCGACCGCAUCGGGUGCUGCUCGACCUCGCUUUUCUCUGUUUGCCAAGCCUGGCGUGCCUACCAAUCUCAUGCCCAACAAGGCGAUCAACCACUCGGAACCAGACGACGAUGACGACGAUGUCACCAUCGCCGGCUUACCAGAUGCUUCGGCGCUGGCAUCCUCCUCAUCCGUGCUCGACUCCUCUGCCGCUGACAUCGACGACGACUACAUCCGCGAAGCGCUCCUCGGCAAACGCGCCUCCGCUCGUCAAUCCACCGGAGGUCCCACACCUACCGAAUCCAAAGAGUCGCAGGAGCAAACCGCACGUCAGCUCACCGAACUUCGUCGAAUGAACGACGUCUUUGAAUCCUUCGAAACCAUGCUGCGUGGCAGUGCAGGUCAGAUCAACGCCUUCGCCCGUCGCGUGCAGGAGACCGACGAUCUGCUCAACAUCUACAUCGCGUUGCUACGACAGACAGAAAAGACCCAACAGCUGCUGCAGGAUCCUGAUUGGAAGGGUGCGGGCGAGGAUGCCACCGCUCACGAGCUUUCCGUCAAGUUGGCUGAGAGAGAGACGCAACGGCUGGAGGCGGAGGCGGUGGCGAGGGAGUUGGAGGCUCAACGCGCGGCAGAGGAGGCUGCUUUGCAAGCACAAGAGGAGGAAAGGAGACGUCAGGAGGAGGCGCGUAGAGCUGCCGUCGGAGGCGCACGGGGUCGUGGACGUGCCGUAUCGUCAUCCGCAAGAGGCACUGCGAGAGGCGCAUCCGCUCGAGGCGCUUCCACCACCACCACCGCCGCUCGUGGUCGCGCUGUCAGCUCACGCACCGCUCCCUCCACAACAGACUCCUCAGCUCCGUCCUCCACACGCACUCCUUCCUCCACCAGAGCCGCAUCCGUCGCCGCCACCCGCGGUCGAACAGCUUCAGCUACCCAGCGCGGCACGGCUAGACCCUCGGCCAUCCCCACGCGCACCGUCUCGGGCAGCGCAGGCCUCGGCGGUCAGUACGCAAACGUAAAGAGUUCCGGCUACGGUCCCAGGUGA